AGCACCAAGGGGCCUGCAGGGGAGGCUCGGCCGGGAAGCUGCGGCCAUUCUCGCCGUUCUCCCGGCCAGACAGGCAAUUGCGGUUAAAACCUGCAGCUCUCCCCGCCUCCCUCGCCUCCCUCUUUCCCGGCCGGCUUUCUGUCCCCUCUCUCGCGCCGUACCGGACGCUUUGUGUCAAUUUCCUGGCUCUAGUUACUUUAUGUCAAUGGGGAACUGAGCCUGAGAAGAGGAUGAGCAGGUGGUCCAGGUGGCUGCGGCUCCCCUAGCGCCGAGAGGCGAGCUCGGAGAAGGCGAGGCCGACCCGGAGGCAGAGGGGAGGAGGAGGAAGGUGGGGGCGCUCCGUGUGCUCGCCUGCCUGCCUGCCCUCCUGCCGGCUUUUGUUCCCGAACCUCGCCCGGGCUGCUCUCCAGCUCCAGCUGCCCGCUCCUCCUCCCUCUGCGAGCCGGGCUGGGCGGCUCUCCGGGCUCCCCGCCGUGAGCACAGCCCGGGCCGAGGCCGAAGCAGGAGGCGCGGAGGGGCGGCAGCGCUCCCAACAUGGCUGAAAUCAGCAUAGACCAGUCCAAGCUUCCCGGAGUGAAGGAAGUGUGCCGGGACUUCGCCGUGUUGGAGGACCACACGCUCGCGCACAAUCUCCAGGAGCAAGAAAUCGAACAUCACUUGGCGUCCAACGUGCAGCGAAAUCGCCUGGUUCAGUACGACCUUCAGGUGGCCAAGCAGCUCCAGGAAGAGGAGGACCUGAAGGCCCGGGCCCAGAUCCAGAAACGCUACAAAGACAUAGAGCAGCAGGACUGUGAAAUCGCUCAGGAAAUCCAAGUGAAGCUGGUCAUCGAGGCGGAGCGCAGGCGCCUUCAGGAGGAGAAGGACGAGGACAUCGCUCGCCUGUUGCAGGAGAGAGAGUUACAAGAAGAGAAAAGGCGAAAGAAGCGCUCUCCAGAGUCCCCUUAUGAUGAUGGCUACUACUUGGCCAAUGGAGACCCUCCAAGGUCAAGGAGGAACAGGGAGCUGGGUUCUGAGCCCCCACGGUCUCGAAGGCAGCAUGAAGACAGGCCUGUGAGGCGCAGGAGGGACAGACCCAGUAGGCCUUCGGAAGACACGGAUGAAUGCCAGGAGCAGUAUGCCGGGGAGAAUUCCGGGUCUUCCCUCAGGCUUAGCAAGCCGAGGGAGGACCCCCAGACUAGCUGGGAAGCCCAGGAAAGGAAGCUCUCUGGGCACGAGAGACUCCCGAGGUCUCCCCUUCCCAAGAUCGGUGGGGACGUUUUCCCGAGCGUGGAAUCUGAUGAUUGGGACCACAGCUUUGGCCAUGGUUCCGCGAGACAUCCCGAUGACUCUCGAUCCCACCACCAAGACCGACUCUCGCCCAAGUGCUCCCAGAAGCCAGGGGCUCAUAGGAAAGAAGAAAGGCAUAAGAGAGACUGUGGGAUGGGGGAAUCCAGAGAUAAAAAGGAAGGUCCCAGGACAAGGAUGCCUGCCUCCUCCAAGAGGGAGGAAAAGCACUAUUUCGAUGAUGCAGGAAUGAAGCCAAGGGGGACAAAAGACACCGUCUAUACGCCGCCGAGAAUGACCCACAGGGACCAGGAACUGUACGAUGCUGAAAUCGCCAGGAAGCUUCAGGAAGAAGAACUCAUGGCUAAUCAGGUGGACAAGAGAGCCGCCCAAGUAGCUCAGGAUGAGGAGAUCGCCCGCAUGCUCAUGGCUGAAGAGAAGAAAGCCUACAAGAAGGCAAAGGAACGGGAGAAGUCCUCCUUGGAAAAGAGGAAGCAGGACCCAGACUGGAAGUCCAAAACAGCAGAAACAACAAGGCCAAAGUCAAGAGAGGCCCAUGAAAGCUCCUGGUCUAAGAAUGAGAAGCCAGCUCGGCCUCCACCCCCCACCAUGGUGGAUGCUGCGGACUCAGACUACACACACUUCUCAAACCAGCAUAGUUCCACGCGGCCAUUUUCCAAAGCUGAGUCAUCUCACAAAGGUCACCGUUCUAAACAGUAAAGACCAAGAACCGGCCUUGAAUCUGGCUGCCCGUAGUCAAUCUUACUGGAUUAUAUCCGAUGCCUUCCUCAUUUUGUUUCAUUUUGUUCUUUCUCCUAAGUUUGCACCACCAGAACUGUGUCCUCUCAACUCUCCCCUGGCCACUCAAAGCAUAUGUUCAUUUUAAAGGUUCUCAUUGUUUUUGCUCACUUGGGCAGUGUAGUACUCUCUAGAGCAUCCAUUCCUUUGGCUGAGGGCUUUGGAAUCCCAUUGCGAUCCAAACUAGCAGAGGGAAGAGUAGGCUUUGAUACCUCCUGGUUUUUAUCACAGAAAAAAAAAACUCUUAGAGGAAAUCAUUUUAAUUAUUUGCGCACUGGGUGAUAUUAUGAGAGAUAGCACUUACUCUGCUUUGCAAGAAACUACAUCCCCUUGAAAAAGCAUGACAUACAAAGGGACAGAUGACUUGAUACAAUGGGGAGAGAUUCCCAGAAUCAGCAGAAAGCGGAAAGAUUCCUGUUAUAUAUAAACUCUAGCCCAGUAGGAAAAGUGCUACAGAGCUUUUGCCUUGGCCUGAGCUUCCUUUCAUUUCCUCAAGAAUGGAGCUUGGUAGAUUCUCUGUGGUAGAGCUCAAGUGACUUGGAGGGGUAGCCCUUGGUGUAAUAUUUGGCACUAGUUACACAGAGGUAAUGCUGUAUAUCAUGUCAUAAAACAUUUGUUGUUCCCUAGUAAAGCCAAUCAGGAAAAAGGAGAGCACGGAUAAAACUCCACUGGCCCCAGAAAUGCCUUUUUUCCUCCCCUCCUUUUGUUUCCACUUAAAUAAUUUGAUGAUAGUGCUCAUGCGUUCUUGGCUCUGAGAACGUAAUCUUCCUUGGUUAGAGAGUACUUGUAGCCAUCCUCAUUGUCUCUUUGGCCUGGUGACAUGGUGGCUACUUUCCAUGUGGGCUCAAAGAUGAUGCAGAUCCGUUUAACCCUCCCAUGCGUGCUGGCUUCUAAGUCUUGCUGCUGCCCAAGUAAAUAUUCUGGAUAAAGAACUCUUCAGAAAUAGUCGUCUUAAUGUUCAGAAAACAGGAAUUAAUUGAUGCCUUAGAGAAACCCAGUUUCUAGCCUUGAUACUGCUCUCAUGGAAGCUCUUACCUUCCUUCCAUGCUUGUAUAAUGGAAAUGGAAAAUAACCAAUGGUAGUCACUCGUCAAUCCUGUUUUGGGGGGGAUUUUCUCUUGGUGGUAUGCACUCUGCGUGUUGCCAAGUAUUCUCCAGAUAGAAAGGUGUGAGUGGGUAAAAGCUAACUAGGAGGCCAUGAUAAGUUGGUGUUCCCCACCACAGUCAGUUCUGAAAACAGACUAAAAUGAAGCUCUCGUUCUGUGUGAGUGUCAUGAGUGUCUAUAACUCGUUAGUUUGAGAACUAAUUGGUACUUGGUGAAUAGGGAGAGAAGCAAGAGGGGUAGUUACUUAUGAAACUAGGGGAAAGCUGAUGUCUCUGGAAAUGACAUCAGUUCAUGAGGAAAAGAAAAUUUGAAGGUAGAAUGGAAAAUGGAACCUGCCAAAUUCUGAGUUACCUGUAGUGAGGCCUCUGAUACUCAAACAUAGAAACUGGCCAGCUCUAGCAAUCUGGGUAUUAUUUUGCCUGCCUGGUUGUUUGUGUCCCAUGUUCUGGAAGUUUGCCAGUCUCGGUGACUUUAAAGAAACAAAAUACACAACAUUUUUAAAUUCAUAAUUUAGCAAACAAUAUCUGCCUUUUUAAAAACUUGAGAAAUGUUUAUUUUUUCUACUUUACGAAACAGUCACAAUUUUCUCUUUCCCUGGUCUCUCUCAUGUUUUCUCUAGUUGUAUUUAGUUCCAUGAGGUGUCUGCAGAAGAUGCUUCUGUGAUGAAGCCCACAGUGUCUCGGAUACCUCCCCAGAUUCUGCCCGUGGCUCAGCCACUGGCAUUGGGUUUGGACCGAGAGUAUGAUUUUCUGCUGUAAUGGCUGGCCAAUUUAGCAUCACUUUAGAACAGUGAAAAGUGUCUAGGCUUUGAAAAGAGAAGAGUUUAAAUAUACAUUAGCCCCUUUGCCUAUGUGGAACUAAAACCAUUUCAUUUUAUUUAGAGGAGCAGUUUUUUUUUUUUUUUUCCUCACCAGAAAAUGGAGUAAAUACCACAAUCCAUUCAGUUGAAUCCCACUCUUCUUCCCUUGAAAUCUAGACCACUGUGGUAAUGUUAAGUAAUACCAAAAAGGUCAGUCCUCUGCUCCAAACCCAGGGCAGUGAAUCAAUCAAAUGGCCUUGUCCUUUAAAAUCUUUUAUAAUGAGAUAGCAAAUCUUUCUUUCACUCUUCUCACCCUCUCUGGGCCAAACUAACCCCUGUAGGCAUAUUAUUUUAUGCUUUAAACCUGUGACUCCAAACUCCCCAGCCCAUCAGCUUUUGUCCUUUUAUCUCAAGAGGCUGGACUAUUGCAUUCCCCUGAUUUCAUUUCUUUGCAGUGCAGGGACUUGGCUUGCUGGUUCCUUCCCAAAUGUAAGUGGGGGGUGGGGGAGGAGCAUAUAGGAAAGCCACUGAAUCCAUUACUGCCAUUCUUCCAGUCAUCCUCUCCUUCUAAUGGGACAUGGAUGAUCAUAAGCUAGUGCCAACUGGAUAGGAAGGCAGAAAGUUCACUAGAUGCUUAAAUUUCAGUCAAAAAAUAAGAUCCUUCCAGAUACAUAUUCCCCCACUCUCCCCACUUCCCCCCAGGUCUGGGGCCAAAAAAUUGUUAGAAAAUCUGUGGGAGAGAUUUAGAAAUUUAGACCUUAAACUUUGAGAUUCCUUUCUCUUUGUUACAUGUAUGGUCUAUUACAAAGACUGAUUUCAUGUUAAAAAGGAAAGGCCAACAAGAAGCUCCCUUCCCUGGAUCACAGUUACCAUAUUGGUCCAACAUCAAAUGUUGCAUCUCUGUGGUGGCGGAGAAGAUCCUACAGUAUCUUCUGAUUGCGUGUUUCUGAUGAUUGUUCAUACCUUUCUACAUUUUAGGAUUUGCCAGGUUGGGGAGUUUUACCAGGAACCAAAACAACCAAUCUUGGGUGGUGUUUGUUUUUGUUGUUUGUUUAUUUUAUUUUAUUUUUUUAUAUAAUACUAUUGGAAGAUCUUCUGUACAUUGAAUCCUGUGCCAAAUGUUUUAUUUCAGAAACUGCUGUUAUCAUGGAAAUAUUCUACUUUUUUGUGUAUAUGUUUUAUUUUAUAUUCAGGGGCUUGAUUUUUUUCUAAAUGUUGCCUCUAUGUCCAUUGGCUUUGGGACAGUUAUUCAUGUUUUCAGUGCUAAUUUAAAAAAAAAAAAAGAGGAAAUAUACUAGUCAUAGCUGUAGGAAGCCCCAAUUGUACUAUAGUGCAACCCCAUUAUACAGGGGCCUUUAAAAAAAAAAAAAACUUAUAAACAAAGCAGGAUUAAGUCCAAGAAGGAAAUGGGUCAAUUCUGGGCAGCAAACACAUAGGAAAAGUGUAAUGGUCAAGUUUCCCUGGAUGCUGCUCUUUUAUCGUAAUGCCUUUUUUAUUUCCAUACAUACAAAUAAGUGGUAUCCCUACAAAAGGAGUAAACCCAUUUAGUUCCAGAUGACAUUUAUUUAUUUAUUUAGUCUGCUUAGAGUCAGAAAAGUGACUAUGGAAAGUGAAUCUCCUUUCCUGUGUCUCCAGUGGUGCCUGCAGGUCACGAAGCCAUAUUUGCUUCCCUUUUAUUGACACCAGCAAAUCUUCCUUCCUCUGGGCCCUAUGCCAAAGGGGAGCUUGAUGGGGCCCUGUCCUGUUAAUGCUGCAUUGAGCAGAGUGUCAGCUAAAUUCCUCUUCUUUCUGAUGCAAGGAGAGAGAUCAAGAGAUGUGGAGAAAUGUUGAAAUCAAAGGUGCUCCUUGGUGCUGUCAAAUCAAAACUGGUCCUCGGGAAAGGGGAUCUAGAAAAGUCAACCAGGGGAGAGGAAACCAGGACACUCAUCAAAAGAGUCACUUUUCUGAUGAAAGUUGCACUUUAAGACAAAGAAAGAGCGGUGUCUCUAAAGAGCAGUAUUGCCUUAAACACGUUUGACUUUACAGUCAAACAUAUCUUACUUCUUAACUGUGAGCCCCAGCCAGCUCUCCAUUAUCUCUGCUCAUGGAGGGAAGGGGCCAUCCCUCCAUUGCUUGGAACAUCUUCCUCCCGGGAGCAGCAAGUAUGUUACAGAUUGUAUGGUUGUGUAGUUCACUUCUGAUCAUUUCAUUUCUUAAUCUAUUGAAUUAGUCGUUCAAUGAACAAAAACUUGUGGGAGGAAGAAAUCCAAUUCCACUGGACACACAUUUAUUAAGGGGCUAAUACGUAGCAGACGUCGUUCUUGGCACCGAGGUUACAAAGAUAAAAAGGAAACAGCCCCUGCUCCUCAAGGAGCUUCUAUUCUACCGAGGAGAUAUAUAUACACAGUAAGGAAAUACAAAAUGAAUGAUACCUGCAAGAAGUGGAAAUGUUCAGUGGCCUGAGUCUCUCACAUUCCACUUCAUCAGUUCCAGAAUAAUUGAGUUUUGAUUGCUCUUGUUAAGAUAUCUCUUUUAAAUCUUAGUUCUCCUUUUGGUGACUUUUUACUCACCUGAGGAGGUGGGAAUGAAUGAACUCAUUUUAUUUCAAAUGGAAGGAAUAGCAAAUAUAAAGAAAACCUUCACCAUGAUUCUUCAUAGGAAAGAAUUGGCCUUUUUUUUUUUUUUUCUCAGUUUGAGUGAAUCUCAGUUUGUUUUGAAAGGUUCCAUUAGUGCCACCAAGGGAAAAAAAAAAAAACACUAUGGAAAUAAUCACUUUCAUUCACUAAAAUAUGUAUAAUGAGUAUCGCUCACCUCAAUAUGCUGUAAAUGCCAUCCAGUAGUAUUGCCUGGUCUCACACACAUUAUUACAGUCAUAUAACUGGAAACUCCUAGAGGAGUUUGGCAAGCCAGAUUAUCUGGACUUGGGUUUUCAAUCAAGUAUUAGCCCUAACACUUGAGUAAGACAGGAAGGGCCUGUCUUACUCUCUUCACACAAUAGCUAUUAAGGAGCUCACUUAAAAUAAUGGCACGUUGAACGUUGCUUCCUAAUAAUCUGGAUUAUUUUGUGGAGGGUAAAAUGCAGUGAAUGAUUUGAUGGGACAAUCAUAAAAGUUUCAGAACUUCCACCUUUCCAGAAAGACAGAAACAUUAGGAAGAAAAUGUUUUGACCCAGCCUGUAAGAGUGAUUUUGUACUUUCUCCAUGGAAUUUCAGUCCAAUGGAUGCCCAGUGUUCUCUAAAGAGUUUCCAGCUGUUAUAUGAAACACCUUUUAACAGCAGAUUUCUUUGCCUAUUUUUGAUGAAGUGGGUCUUCAAGAUGGCGGUAGCCCUUGUAAUAUGUAAGCCCAGUGGCCUGUUUCACUAAUUACAAAGCAGUCCACAAGGUAUCAGUUAAAGCUUACUGCCUGUUGGCUACAAGUUUGAAUAAGUUUUCAUUUUGAAGUCUGAACCUUGAAAGAAAAGGAGUGAGGGGAGCGGCUUUUAAAAAGGAUUCCUAGAAAUGUGAUUUUUGAGAUAAAUUUGUGUCUGCCUAAUGCCUUAUACUGAAAAAGUCACUCCGUGAUGCAAUCACUUUAAUUUCAAUUCUGAAAUAUUGGAAAUGGCAAAAGGGGAGGGCAUAGGACAGGCAUUCUUAGAAACUGAGAGGUGAACAGCUGUUACUCAGAUGGCUGUCUUCUCAGGACUAGGAGCACCCUGACCUCAAAUGACACACGGUAGACACUGUGAAAAGACAUCAAUAGAUUGUUUGGUGAUUUGAAAGGAUGUUGAAAAUAUUUAAAAUCGAGAUGCAGCGGUACCCUGAGGCAUUAAUGACUACUUUAUGAGUACCAGUACAAUUGAAACCUUGUAAUAUAUAUUUGAUAGUACUUGGUAGGCUACAGGGAACCUACAGGAAUUAUGCUGGGGAUUUUCAAUAAAGGUAUCCCUCCCCAACUCUUUUUAUUACAGGUAAAUUUUGGCGGUGAUAGACACAUUAGGAGAAGUUGUAAUGAGUGACUGGUUUUAGUCACUCUAAAAGGUGACUUUUUAAGGUGACUUUUUACCUGCCGGAAGGUACAGAUGGACCUUCUACUCAUUCCUUGCAUGGGGCCAUGGCCAGCAAGUUGGUCACCAUACCCCAUAGAGUGGCCAUUUCCUUGCUGAGACUUUAAUAGGAAAGUUCUUGAGGUGUUUGUGACUGACCAGAUGUCUCCUGGAUGGCUGGAUGACAGAGCUUUGUUCAACAUCCUAUUUUACCCUUGCUUGAACUUGGGGCUUCACUCUGUAAAUUACACACUUACAAUAACUCAUCUAUGCAAUCGACUCCCUCUCUCUCCUUUCCCUCUACCCUUUUCCUUCUCCUUUUCUCUCUCCCUCUCUCCUCCCCCUCUUUCCCCAAUCUCUCCCUUUUUCUCCCUCCUUUCCUCUCUCAACUGAUCACAUACUAUUUUCUUUUUAAAUCAAGUCUGACAUUGAAUUUAAUGAAUUAUGUUUUGAACCAAAGGGUCAUAUGUGUGUAGACCCGCUUGUUUUGUUUCCUGAGGUGAACAGUCUUGCCCACCUCUCUUAAUAAAGUUGUCCUUUUGGUUAGCCACA